AAAAUAUUUUUAACACAUGUUGAUGUCUAAUUGAUUGACUAACAAUGUAUCAAUCGCGUUAAUUACGAUUUGAACAUGUAUUUCCUUUUUCACAAAACCCUAAUUGAAAAAAUAAAAACAACUUUCACAAAACCCUAGGCUUUCCAUUUUCUAGUUAGUUUCCUUUUCCUUGGUUAAUUUGGGUUUGUGUAUUCCAUUCCUAAGAGGUGUUUUACAAUUUCUUUUAUAAAUAAAUAUCUCAAUCGUUGUUUAAGAGAUACCAGACUUGUUUUUUGAGAUUAAAAAAAUUGGUGUUAAAACACACCGAGAAAGGCUUAAGAAAGUUUCGAACAAACUCUUUAAUCUCUUCUGCCCCCCGUAUUUCUCCUAUUGAUUUCUAGGCAACAUGGUGGGAGCCUCGGAAGCUUUGUUAUUUCACGGUGGUGAAGGGGAGAGAGUGGCUAAGAGACACCGCUCGGCGACACUGCUAGAUCUUGAUAUCCUCGAUUGUCCUGUUUGCUGUGAAGCAUUGGCGACUCCUAUCUUCCAGUGUGAUAAUGGACAUUUAGCUUGCUCUUCUUGCUGUCCCAAACUGAGGAACAAGUGCCCUUCAUGUGCUUUCCCUGUUGGCCACAAUCGAUGCAGAGCAAUGGAGAGUAUUCUUGAAUCGACCUUGGUCCCAUGCCCAAACGAAAUGUUUGGUUGCACCAAGACUUGCUUUUAUGGUAAAGAAUCAGCUCAUGAAAAAGAAUGCAUCUUCUCUCAAUGCUCAUGCCCUUCACGAGAAUGCGAUUACACUGGCUCAUACAAGGAUCUCUACGCUCACUAUAAACUGACUCACUCGAAAUUUUCCUGGAGUAUUAAAUGUGGCAUUCCUUAUACGGCCGUGAUGUUCAUCAGCAAUAAGAUACUAAUUAAAAGGGUACAUGAGAGUAAACUAUUGUUUGCAGUACAGUGUUUUAGAGAACCGUGUGGUGUGUAUGUAACCGUAAGCUGCAUUGCACCAUCUGCUCCUGAAGUAGGACAGUUCUCAUAUCGUCUCUCCUACACUAAGGAUGGACAAACUGUGAUUUAUGAAUCACCGGAGGUGAAGAAGGUUCGUAAAGUGAGUUUUGAAACCCCUCAAGAGAAUUUCAUGUUGAUCCCUCACAACUUAUUAUUGCGUAGUGGCUUGUUGAUGAUUGAGCUUUGUAUCGUCGACAAGUUGAACCAAGAGUAAGAAGUUUAAGGUGAUAUAGAAGGAAGGUCAUUCUAUUUGAUUGUAAGACGUUUGGUUUUGCACUUAGUGUGAUAAUGGAAAUUUAAUGGAAUUGACCAACAAAACAUUUAACAGUUUUUCAAUCUAAUAACUUCUAAGAUAUACUCCGUUCAUUUGUCGUUU